CUUCCGGUGCGUUCUGUCAGAGGCCUCGUCUGGGCAAGAUGGCGGCGCCUGAGGAGCAGGAAUUAUCUCAAACGCAGACCGAGAAACUCCUGCAGUUUCAGGACUUGACAGGCCUAGAGUCAAUGGACCAGUGUCGGCGGACAUUAGAACAACACAACUGGAAUAUUGAGGCAGCUGUACAGGACAGACUAAAUGAACAAGAAGGUGUCCCUAGUGUGUUCAACCCUCCCUCCUCCAGACCUUUACAGGUCAAUACAGCAGACCAUAGAGUAUACAGCUAUAUAGUGUCAAGGCCACAGCCUAGGGGCUUGCUAGGAUGGAGUUACUAUUUAAUAAUGCUCCCUUUCAGAAUUACGUAUUACACACUACUGGAUAUAUUCAGGUUUGCACUAAGAUUCAUAAGGCCAGAUCCUCGUGGUCGUGUCACAGAUCCAGUCGGCGAUGUGAUGUCUUUCAUUCACACCUUUGAGGAAAGAUAUGGCCGAUCGCAUCCAGUGUUUUACCAGGGAACAUAUAGCCAGGCACUGAAUGAUGCAAAGCGUGAGCUGCGUUUUCUGUUAGUAUAUCUUCAUGGAGACGAUCACCAGGACACAGACGAGUUCUGCCGCAAUACGUUGUGCUCAGAAGAGGUUGUGAACUUCAUCAACGGUAGAAUGCUCCUGUGGGCUUGUUCUUCCAACAAACCAGAAGGAUACAGAGUGUCGCAGGCAUUGCGAGAGAACACAUACCCGUUCCUUGCCAUGAUCAUGCUGAAGGACAGGAAAAUGACUGUGGUUGGGAGGUUAGAGGGAGUCAUCCAGCCAGAGGACCUCAUCAACCAACUCACAUUCAUCAUGGAGGCUAACCAGACAUAUCUGAUGUCUGAAAGGUUGGAAAGGGAGGAGAGGAACCAAACGCAGGUGCUGCGGCAGCAGCAGGACGAAGCUUACAUGGCUUCCUUACGGGCUGACCAGGAGAAGGACAGGAAGAAGCGGGAGGAGCAGGAGCAGCGGCGCCACCAGGAGGAGAUGGCUCGCCAGAGCAUCCUAGCUGAAGAGAGACGGCGAAGGACGCUGCAGGAGGAGAAGGAGCGCAAGUCGGAGUGUCUUCCCCAGGAGCCAGCAGUGGACGACCCGGACAGUGUAAAAAUAGUGUUCAAACUUCCAAAUGACUCGCGUGUAGAGAGGCGCUUCCUCUUCACUCAGUCCCUGACGGUGAUACACGACUUCCUGUUCUCGCUGAAGGAGACCCCCGAGAAGUUUCAGAUUGUCACAAACUUCCCACGCCGCGUCCUGCCGUGCCUGCCAACGGAGGAGCAGCCGAACCCACCAACGCUGCAGGAGGCGGGACUCAGCCGCUCCGAGGUCCUCUUUGUCCAGGACCUCACGGACGAUUAACGUGCAGACAGAGAAUUACCCUUCUCCUGUGUUUCGUUGAGUUUUGCACAAGGGAUCAGUGACGUUAACCGUACCGUAGUGUGACAAGCCCCUCUCCCCCGCCCCAACCCCGCAGACAGGACAAGCAGCGUGGCACUGGCCACACGCAGCCCCCACACUGAAGAAUUGAGGACGUGGACCGUAUCUUCCUGUCGCUAACACCACCACCACUUCACUGUACAUGUUUGUUAUGAAGACCAAAGGAGGGUUUAAUGCUCAUUGGACACAGAACUGCCUGCACUUGUUCAUUAAUGUUUUUUAAAAUAAGGCCACGGCUUCCGCAUGUGGUUUUUGCCUAUAUAGCAUAGUACGAGUUUGCCUAUAGCGUGCCUGUGGUAAUUCAUAGAUGCCUCAUUUGCCCUUCUAAUUGCAGAAUGGGCUGGUUAUGUUAACUUUGUUUCCCAGCCAUAAAUUAAAACUUUUUAUUUAAAUUAACAUCUUUUAACUCUGGAGCUUUGUUUACAGAUGUUUCCAGAGACAACUAGUCAGUUUUAAUGCGUAAUAUUUGGAAACCAGCGCCAAUGAGUCAGCAAACAUUAAGGUAAAAGUGAGAUGAGGCAGAGCAUGAUUGUUGAUGGUCCUGCAGCCGAACAGAAACCUUCAGUGUUCCACGUGUAACGUGAACAGGAUUAAUUGGUCACGUCUUUAGCGCUGUGUCCCAGGCGCGCCCCUCCUCAUGUUUCAGAGAAAAUGUUACACAGUAUCCAGUAAAAACUCUGCUCUGGCGUAAGCUUAUUUAUUUCCGAAUCACUGCGGGGCUCAAGAGGGUGUACACAACCAAUGUUCUAUUUAACACAACAGAAAUACAGUGCUAGAAACUGG